UAUGGGAGGCUGUGAGUUCAAAUUUCGUGGAUCCUGUGAUGAUACUUGUAUAGAUAUUGUUUUAAUAUUUAUAGAGGUGUCUCUCUAAAAUUUUGAAUUAAUAUCUGUUAUAGGCUAAGGAGGGUUUGGUAAAGUGUACAAGGCUAGACUUUAAAAAACCAGAAAUUUAAUAGUAGCAUUAAAAGUUAUGUCUAAAGUGAGGUACUUAAUCAUUUUUAUACAAAAGAGUUAUACAAAAAAAGAGUGUUAGUUCAGUCAUGAAUGAAUUAUAAAUAUUGUCAACUUUAAAACAUGAGUAAUAUUUUGCAAUAAAUUUUCUAUAGUUUUAUCAUUAAUAUAGUAAGUGCAUUUUAAGAUCGAUAUUAAUUGUAUUUAGCAAUGGAUUUCUUAUCAGGUGGAGAUUUAAGAUUUCAUAUCUGUAAAUAUAGAAAGUUUUCAGAGUCGAUAACAAAGCAUAUAGCUGCUUGUAUUAUUAUUGGAUUAGAUUACAUUCAUUCUAAUGGUAUAAUACACAGAGACAUUAAACCUGAAAAUCUCGUUUUUGAUAGUGAUGGAUAUUUAAGAAUCACUGAUUUUGGAAUUGCAAGAAUUUGGAAACCUUAGAAUAGUCAUGAAACCAGUGGUACUCCUGGAUAUAUGGCUCCUGAAGUAAUGUGUAGAUAAAAUCAUGGUGUUGCUGUAGAUUAUUUUGCCCUUGGAAUCAUAAUGCAUGAAUGUAUUGUAAUUUAAUCUAUUGAUUGAUUAAGUUAGGUAAAAGACCUUAUAAUGGUAAAAGUAGAUAAGAGAUCAGAGAUUAAAUAAUAGCAAAAUAAGUGAUUUUAACAGAUAUUCCAUAAGGAUGGAGUGAAGAUGCAAUCAAUUUUACAAAUUUACUUAUGCAUAGAAAACCAACUAUUAGAUUAGGUUGUAAUGGACCUGAAGAAGUGAAAAAUCAUCCAUGGUUUAAAGAUAUUAAUUGGGAUUAAUAUGAAAAAAAGUUAAUUCCAUCUCCAUUCAUUCCAGAUGGAAAAUUAGAAAACUAUUUAAAGUCAAAUAGAUUAGAAUCAUUGGAAGAUUAAUCAAUCCUUCAUUCAGAACAUAUUUAAUGUAAAAUAUAUAAUAAAUUUUAGAAUAAUUUCUAGGUUAUGAAUAUUUACCAUAAAAUGUGUAAACUUCUUUAUUGUCAGCUUUUGUUUCUCCAAGAACUUCUAACAUAAGAAUUCAACUUAAAGAAUAAUGA